AUGAACAUCGAUACACCCGAGCUGCUCAUCAGAGAGAAAAAAGCUCAGAAACCCCGAGAAAACUUAGAAACGAUUGAACUUACAGAGGGAUCCGAGAUGUAUGUAAAGCUGGGCGUAGACUGGCCAGACGAGCACCGGGAAGCUAUCAUAGCUCGGAUAAAACAAACUUUCUCUCUAGAGAAACAGAUUGCUAUCCGAGACGAAGUGGAGAAGCUCUUGAAAGCCGGGUUCAUCAGGAAAGUAGACUACUCUGAAUGGCUGGCCAAUGUUUAUGUGGAUGACAUAGUAGUAAAAUCUAAGGGGAUCGAGGAUCACGCACAGGAUUUGGCAGAAACUUUUGAAAAGCUGAAGGGUUUUAACCUCAAGCUGAAUCCAGAAAAGUGUGUUUUCGCAGUCCGCUCGGGGAAAUUUCUAGGGCACCUCAUCUCGGAGAAAGGCAUUGAGGCCAACCCGGAGAAAAUCGAGGCAGUGAUGAGCAUGAAAGCACCCAGCUCGGUGAAGGAGAAUACAAAGAAUUUCAAGUGGACAAAGGAGUGUAACGCAGCUUUUGAAGAGCUGAAGGUUUACCUCAGCACACCCCCGGUGCUAGGUAGACCUGAGCCCGGAGAAAUCUUAUACUUAUAUCUCUCGGUGAAUGACGAGACAGCAGCAGCAGUCCUUGUGAAGGAGGAUAAGGGUCUGCAAACCCCAGUUUACUAUCUCAGUAGAGUCUUGAAAGGCCUGGAGGUCAGAUACCCAAAAAUUGAGAAAUUUGCUUUGGCAUUGAAGGUGGCGGCGGAAAAACUAAGGAGAUAUUUCGAGGCUCACAUCAUUGUAGUACGUACGAACCAACCUUUGAGAAAGGCGCUGCAGAGGCCAGAGAUGUCGGGACGGCUGGUCAGCUGGUCGGUCCAGCUGGGAGGAUAUGACAUCCGGUAUGAACCAAGACCGGCUCUGAAAGCACAAGUAUUGGCAGAUUUUAUAGCUGAGACCACAGCAAGCGACCAACCUGAGGAACCUGACGAACAACUUCUACGGUGGGUAUUAGAAGUCGACGGGGCAUCAAAUCUGGAUGGAUCUGGAGCGGGCGUAGUCUUGAAAGGCCCUCACGGAGUCACACUCCGAAGCUCGGUAAAAUUCGAUUUCCCGGCAUCCAACAAUGCCGCGGAGUAUGAGGCUCUGUUGAUCGGAUUGAGAAUGGAGCUCGGAGGAAAAUGGGUGAUAGAGCAAGUUCCUCGCUUGGAAAACCAAGAGGCCGAUGUAUUAGCCAAAGCAGCAACAGUGAACGAAAAAAUACCGGGGGCUCAUUUCUCUGUUCAAAAGCAUUCCAGUAUCGACAACCAUGAAACCAUUUUUCUAACUCAGCCGUUGGAAAAUUGGAUGCAAGGUAUAGCCCACUACCUGAUGGAUGGAACUCUGCCAGAAAAUAGAGAUAAAGCCUACAAAAUCUUGCGACAAGCUCCGUACUACGCGUUCCUCGACGGAGUCUUGUACAGAAAGUCAUUCACCCACCCGUGGUCGAGAUGCUUGACGGCAGAAGAAGGGGAGUAUGUGUUGAGAGAAAUACAUGAAGGUAUUUGUGGGGCACACAUAGCUCCUCGCAUGUUAGCAAAGAAAGCAGUGUUGCAGGGCUACUACUGGCCCUUGAUGGUCAGACAGGCAGAGGAGAUAGUAAAGAAGUGUGAAAACUGUCAGAGGCACCAGAACAUCCGACACGCUCCUACUACAGAGCAGUGCCCUAUUACUAGUCCUUGGCCAUUUGCAACGCACAGGAGACACCCCGUUUUCUCUAACAUAUGGGUGCGAGGCGAUGAUACCGGUGGAAAUCGGGAUGCCAACUCUAAGGGUCCAGUUCUUCGAUGA